UUAUUUUGUAACUCCCAUCACUCAACAUCCGGCGCCGACCCCUUCUUCCCCUCGUUCUGUCCACGAUCCGUGGUUCUGGAUCGAUUGAGCGGCCUGGCCCGAGCCGCCACCGAGCGACGCCGAGUCCGCUCUGCGUUCCUCCGCUGUCAGAAAACCCUGGAACCGCGACACUCGCGUGUCUUUUGUCCCCCCCACGAGCAGCUUAAGGACAACGUUCGCGAGUUAAACGCGGGCUGCGUCAGCCGCGCCCGCUACUAUUGAAUUUCCGACGUUUGAGGGGAACCGACGGACAAACCGGGGGAGGACGGAGAGGGAGGGACAGCUUUGCGUCCAAGCUAGCUAAAGCUAAACCGCGUUAGCACGGGCAGAGCAAGAACAGCCGGCCGACAGCCACGUCCCCUCCCCCGCCUCCCUCCUCGGCUAAGCGGCCGGCCGGCAGACGGGGGCUAUUUUUGGCCCCCGUCGCUCGCGCACACAUGCUCCCGUAGUGAGUCGAGCGCGUUAACCCGACAUCUGGGCGAAAGCUGUCAACCGGUUUUGUUGCCAUUCGCCUUUUUAACCCACGUGUUUUCAAAUAAAGAUCGGGAGGGGGAAACGAGAUCGUUUGAUUGCGCAACAUCUCGUUGAAUCCAGUGUGGGGGGGUGCUCAUAGUUAACUAAUGAGGCCCGGCUGAAAAGAUGGACCUGAAUUUUUAUUCGGACCUAACGGACGGAACCGGGCCGCACGACGGGGACCCGCAGUUCCUGGAUCCGCAGUCGUUCAACGGAUUUGACACUGACAGCAAGUUCCCCGGAGGCAGCGACAACUACCUGACCAUCUCUGGGUCCGGCCACCCCUUCCUCUCCUCUUCAGAGACCUUCCACACCCCCAGCCUCGGCGAUGAGGAGUUCGAGAUACCUCCCAUCUCGUUGGAUCCCGACUCGGCCCUCACCGCGUCGGACGUGGUGUCCCACUUCGGCGAGCUGUCGGAGGCGGGCCCCUCCAACAGCGUGGUGGUGCCCGGCAACGGCGUGGUGGAAGGGGACGACCCGUCCUUCGCCUCCACCUUCGUCAACGCGCCCUCGCAGGGGCUGGAGCACCUGAGCCUGGGCGCCAUCGCCCAGUCGGGGGGUGGCGCCCUGCUGGGCUCGUCGCUGGGAAUGGAUCUCGGCCACCCGAUCGGCUCCCAGUUCAGCAGCUCGUCCCCGGUGACCAUCGACGUCCCGCUGGGGGACAUGAGCCAAGGCCUGCUGGGCUCCAGCCAGCUGACCACCAUCGACCAGUCGGAGCUCAGCGCCCAGCUGGGCCUGGGCCUGGGGGGCGGAGGCAUGCUGCAGCGGCCGGAGUCGCCCGACAACCCGCUGUCGGCCACGGCGUCGCCCACCAGCUCGCUGCAGGACGACGACAUGGACGACUUCAGAAGGAGCGUCCUGGUGGAGUCUCCGGUGUCCCUCGCCGUCUCCCCCAGCGUCAUCUCCCUCGACCCCUCGCUCCCAGAAUCCCGUCUCGCCCCCGCCGCCGCCUCUCCGGCCGCGCGGCGGAGAGGCGGCGGCGGCGGACCGAAGAAGGGGAAGAAGGCGAAAGACCCCAACGAGCCCCAGAAGCCCGUGUCGGCCUACGCGCUGUUCUUCAGGGACACGCAGGCGGCCAUUAAGGGACAGAACCCCAACGCCAUGUUCGGAGAAGUGUCGAAGAUAGUGGCGUCCAUGUGGGACAGCCUGGGGGAGGAGCAGAAACAGGUUUACAAGAGGAAAAACGAAGCGGCUAAGAAGGAGUACGUGAAGGCGCUGACCGAGUACAGAGCCGGACACAGUUCUCAGGUGCCCAUCGAGGUCAUGGACACCUCCCCUUCGCCUCCGUCGCCCCCACCUUCGGCGGCGGCCGCCGCCGCCAUGGCCUCCGCCUUCGCCGCUCGCUCCACCAGGUCGCAGCAAUACAACCCGGAGGAGAACACCAUCACCAACAUCUGCACCUCCAACAUCAUCCUGGACCUGCCGCAGGUCACCACGCGCUCGCGCACCGGCGCCACCAACCCCCAACCUCCGGCCCCCGCCCCGCCCAACCCGCCCACCGUCGCCAAGAUCAUCAUCAAGCAGACGCAGCUGCCCUCCGGCGCCGUGACGGUCACGGCGAUUAACGCCGCCACCUCGCCGCGCCAACCGCCGCCGCUGCAGCAGAUGCAGGGCACCUCCCUCCCGCCGCGGCUGCAGCAGAUGGUGCACGCCCAGGCCCCGCCCCCUCUCCAGGCCAAACCGCGGGGCGGAGGAGGAGGCGGCGGCGCGGUCGCGGCUCCGCCGCCGCUGCAGAUCAAGGUCGUCGCGGCGUCGCGGCAGAAGGAUCCAAGAGCGGCGAUCAUCGUGACGUCGUCCGCCGAAGCGCCCGCCGCGUCGUCCGCCGUGGAGGUGGGGCAGGCGGGUGAGGUGGAGACCGGCGUGGAGGAGGUGGCCGAGGAAGGGAUGGAGGUUGAGGUGAACGUCGCCGCCGUCCCGAGUGCGACUCCCGUCGCCGCCGCCAGCCGCAACAUCUGCGUGCGCGCCGGCUGCACGAGGCCGGCGGUGGAGAGCCAGGACUGGGACAUGGAGUACUGCAGCAACGAGUGUGUCGCCACACACUGCAGAGACGUGUUCAUGGCGUGGUGCGCCAUCCGAGGGCAGAACUCCACCACCGUCACAUAAGGGCGGAGGAGUGAGCGGCACGCGGCGGCCUGUUUCCAGGAAGGUCGCAGCAAAGUACUUGAAAAUCACUCAAGGAGGUUUUUCCUCUGAUCGAGACACAAACGACUCUCCGGCAGGAAAGAAAAUAACGCCAACUUCUGAAUUACCCGGUUGUGCUGCGGCGGCGGGGAGACGGCUCACACAGAGGAAAGACGGAUGAAUAAUAACUGAGAAAAAAGGAGCCAGAAGAAACUUCCAAUCGGCCUUCUGUUGUGAAUCUGAAAUAUGGGCUUGAUCAAAAAGAACAUUUUAUACGGACUUCUGGUGUUUUUGAUUGUUUUGUGCAGGCGGGGGAAUCAUCCAUGUUGUUGUUUUUUUGUUUUUUUUUAUCAUUAAUUUCAAAAUAAUUCCACUUAUGUGUUCGCUCUUCCCUUUACCGUCACAUGGAGGAUCGGUCCAUCAUGAGGAGAUCUGUGAACCUUAAAUGUUCUUCCUUAACGUGGAUCGGAAAGGGUGUCCGUGGCUACUCUGAAGAUUUAACGAACAAAUGAGCGACUUCUGGGAAAAGCACAAACCAUCGCAAAGCUGCUCCGGAGAGUCAAACUAAGAGGUGAAAUGUACCUUGUAAACAGGUGCUACGGUUCAGGUGAAUAAGAGCUUUUUAAAUAUGUGGUGCAUAUUUUCUCUCACGAGGAUUACUGGUGGUUAAACAUUGUGAAAGUAUUGGAAUGAAAUAAACACACCAGCUUUGACGACACUACUCUUAGCGGGGAAAAGAUUAAUAUACGAAAAGCUUUACUUUUUAUCACAGCUGUUUAAAUUAUGUUUUAUUUAAGGUCUGUUGCAAAAUAAAGAAAGAAUGAAUGGCUGCUUCCAAUAAUAAAACAAGAUCUCAGUCAGUUGAAAUAUUACAGGGAACUGGUCUGGUUUUAAAGAUAUCCUGGAAAUGUUUAAUAGUGAAAUACAAUGUAUAGAUGCAUAAUAAUACAUUGGAGAUGCACAUUUGGA